AGAUAUUUAAAAAUUUGUAUCAAUUUUCGGCCUUAGAUGAUGAUAUGAUCUCAUAUUUACAGGAUGCAAAGGACACUGAUGAUGCAAAACACUCUUCAUAUAUACAAGAAAUUAAUAAGGUCCUCAAAAGGCACAAGGGUGUCAUUGAUGAAGUUAACGCUGCAGAAUCACGAAUCAGGAAUUACGGUUUAAGCGUAGAUUUAUUUCACAACUCAGAUUGCGAAUCGUCAAGGUCAGGAGGACCCAGCUCUUUGCUUAGUCCCAUUGAGGUCGAUGACUCUUUUCUAGGUGACCUUGGCUUAUUGACAAAGGAAGACAUUUAUUUCAAUGGAAAACCAAGAAGCCAUGAUUUUUCAACCAUAAAGAGUUCCACCAAUGAUGAAAACAUUGAAAAUGUCAAUAAAACAUCAACAAUAAAACCAGUUAUAAAUUCCAAAGGAAAAAAACUCAAUCAAUUGAAAUAUCUUAAGUCUAAGAAAUACUCAAAACAUGAUGAUGUUACGACAUCAGAUACGAAUUUAGUACCGCCUACAAGAUCACUGAUUCCAUUUGGGAAAACGGCAAAGGAGAAUAGAUUUUUAUUCCAAGCUGAACCCGAAACAAUCACUUUUAAGACUUAUCUAACAGGAAAUAUCUAUGAGGCUAUUGUUAAAAUACGCAAUAUUUCUAACACUAGUCGGUCUAUUCGAGUACUUCCACCAAAAACAACACAUUUUUCAAUUAAAGAAGGAAAAUUUCCACUACAAGGUAGUAGUAUUAUUUCACCGGGAAUGGCAGCUGUUUUUCUAGUACAAUUCUCUCCUGAUAAUGUUGGCGAUUUUGAAGAUGAACUGACAGUGAAAUGUGAAAAUCAACUUGAACCACUUUGUGUUAAAUUGUUAGGGAAAAAAUCACGUCCACAACUAAAUAUACUUGAAUGUUAUGAUUUGGGUUAUACAUUGAAGGGUGGUUCAAAAAUAAGCACUAUUCAACUGAAGAACAGUAAUGCAGAGAUUGCAUCGAACAGUAAAUUUCUUUUUAUUACACAAGAGACAUUUAAUGACUGUCAACAGUUCGAUGCAAAUAAUUUCACAAAGUAUUAUUCACUGCAUGAGAAUUCCACUUCAACGAGUUUAUGCUUGGAAUCAUUUUCACUCAAACCUUUCAUGUUCAAUCUGGAAUCGUUGAAGUCAGUUACAAUAACAGUGGAAUUUGAACCAUUAUAUGCAGCAGAAUAUAAAUGGGAACUUGUAUUGAUUUGUGAUAAUGGUCAAUUUUUUCCGGUCACAUUCAUAGGUAGAGGAGAAGAACCUCAAUUACAAAUAGUCGACAUUAUUGAUCAGAAUCAUUUAUCUACUUGCAAUGAAUCAUCGCCUAGUUUUAGAAAAAUCAAUACGAUUUCAAAUGAUCAAUUUUAUUUUUAUGAAUUUCCAAAACAUCAUCCUCAUACUAUUUCACCGAAAACAAUGACAAUAAGAAAUUGUUGCUCAGAACCACUACGAUUUCAAUGGAUCCAAGAGGAUGAAUCCAGUGAUAGAGAUGUCUCAGAGUAUACUUCAGACAGUUUAAUUAAAAGUGAUGAUUUACUGAACCAACGUAAAUCUUUAUCCACAAGUGUAUUGUCUGCAUCCGAUGAACGAGAUAAUAAUGCUGUACCACUGUUAUUCACUAUUAAUCCAACAACUGGUGUGUUUGAAGCGAAUGAAACAAAAAAGUUUCAAAUUUGUUUUAAUCCAACUCAAGUUGGAACAUUUGAAACACAACUGUCAAUAAUACUACUCGGUAUACCACAAGUAGAUGAACAAGGCAAUUGUUACACUUUAGACAAAAAACAUUUAACAGUUGAAUUACAAGGGACUGCAGAACCAGUGUCAAUAUCAAUUGAACCGCCAACUUUGAUCAUUCCUGGAAAAUGCUUGCUUGAUGUACCUUUGUACCGUACUGUGCAGUUGAUCAACAAUUCUAAUUGUUCUGUGGCAUUUUCAUGGCAAAAUGAUUUCGAUGUUGAAAUAAAUUCUGGUUAUUUAAGCGAUUGUACUCAAUCGACUGCAGAAAUUCUUCAAUCCAGUGGUCCACACAGUUCAAGAAGAUAUAGUGAAAUAGAAAAAUCCAAUGACGGUUUAAUUAUCUUAGAGCCAAUCAUGGGUGUGAUUGCUCCGGGACAAUCAAUGAAUAUCGACAUCAUUGUGUCAUCGUCAAAAUCCAUUGUGAUAAAAGAAAAUAUUCCUUGUUUUAUUAAUAUAUUACCUAAUUCUCCUCUAUGGUUUUAUAUUGAAGCAGAAUUUUCAGCCCCAGCUAUCGUUUUUGAUAGAACAGACUGUAAUUUUGGUCUUAUGCGUCCAAAUGAAACAGCUGAAAUGAAUAUACUACUCACGAACACUACUACUUCUCUAAGAAAAUGGUUUAUCAAAAUGGAGACGUUUUUUGAUAAGUUUGCAUCUGAAAUGAAAAUAAAACCUUCAAAUGGAAUUGCAAAACCUUUAGAAUCAGUUACAGUGACUUUGUCUUUUACACCACAAGUGACAAGAAGUGUUCGUGAAGUUCUAACGGUACAUACGGAAGAUUCUGAAGAAAUACGCAAACUUUUAAUUUUAGCAGAAGUUCAAACUCCAUUGAUUGAUUUUUAUCCAGUUCGCAUAAAUUACAGUCAGUGUUUUUGGAAUGUUCCUAUCACUGAAACACUAACACUCACGAAUUUGAAUAUGUUAGAAUGUGAUUUAGAAUGGCUUGAACCUAUUGGAUGUGAUAAAGAAUUCGUUACAGUAAAUAUUAACCCGAAAACCUAUCGAAUCAAAGGUCGACAAAGUCAACCAUUUGAAGUUUCGAUAUGCGCGCACAAACAGAUAUCAAUUGACGAUCUGCAAAUCCCAUUACGUGUAAAUGGAUUAAAUGAAUUAUUGUAUUUAUCAAUUGCAGCUAAAGUUCAAGGAUUAUCAAUAAACUAUCUUCUGAUUGAUAAAGACAUAGAUCCAGUACGUCAAGAAUGUUCACAAGAAAAUGUUCACAUUCCAAAGGAGAAUUCAAAUAAAACUUCGUUGAUUCUAGACUUUGGACAAAAUGUUGGUCUGUUUGAACCAGUUGAAAAGUGGAUUGAAUUUCGGAAUAAUACGCCUAUACCAACAAGAAUAUGCGUAGAUACUGGGAAAUUAUCUACAAAAGCUAGUUAUGCUGAUUAUGGGAAUUUUCCCCAUAAACCUAAACUCGGUGCAGUUAAAUAUUUGUUGUUAGUAUCAGAACAGUCUACUGAAAAUUAUUUAAGUAGGCAAAGAGUUUUGCAUGAGAAAAAUGAUCAUAAAACCCGAAUUCGAAUACUAUAUGAUUGGUGUAAUUUACUAUUGAAACAUUCAAAAGGUGCGUGUGUACUUGCACAUUCAGCUAUUUCAUCAUCCACUUGUAUAACAGAUUUUCAAAUAGCUGAGCUUCAACCAAUUACCGCUAGUCAGUAUUUCACUACCACAUCAACUAUUCCAUCUUGGCAUUUACCGGCAUAUGGCUCACUAAGGAUUUGUUUCAUAUGUAUAGCCAAUCUAUGGGGAGCCUAUGAAGAUACUAUUCAUAUUUAUGUAUUACCAGAAUUUGAUCUUACAUCUAAAUCCAAUCAACCGCCUAUUGUAUUGUCCACAUCUUUCAAGGUAGUUGGCUGUCCAAUUUAUUCAUUAGCUGCAGGUCAUUUUGGUGAAUUAUCAAACAGAGCAAUAGUGACUAGUGAUGUGAAGAAUAAUUUCCUAUUUCCUAAAACUGCCUUACCAUUGAAAGCUACCAGGCAAUUUAUACGAUUCGGUAGUUCAUUGUUCAAUGGUCCAAUUGUGAAGCGUCAAAUUCGUUUGCAUAAUUCAUCUGAAGCUGCUAUUAGAAUUGAUUGGCAAGUGUUUCUGGAUUCCGAAAUGGAAGAUCAUGAUCAAUUGUUAAGCCUAUUAUGCUUCAUCUCAGAACCAUUUACAAACUUAUCAUCUAAUCGGACUGAUAAUGAAACUUCAUUGACUAUUGAACAUUCAACAUCGAAUGAAAUAUCCGAAGAAGAUUCUACAAGAAGACAAUUAAUUAAUCUAGUACUUCGACCAUAUGAUGGAAAAUUACUAUGGGAAUCACAAUCAGCUCAAAUUAUUUCAUCAACUAAGAAGGAUUUCAGUGAACUGUUCGUCGUGUAUCCUGUACAGUUGAUAAUACCACCACACGAAGAAGCUACAGUUACAGUUUUAAUGAAUCCAACAGAAGCGUACUUAGAUAUGAGAUGUUAUGAAACUUUCGAUUUGAAAGCUCAUGUUAUUGGUUAUUUAACUACUGACUCGAAAGAUUUUUUGGAUUUUCCACGUACGCAUGCACUAAUCACGGAACAAUUACGUUUUGAUAUAACUGCUAAAUUGGAACAACCAAGAAUCAUCAUUGAUUUAAAUAAUGAUUCCUUGGAAAUUGCAAGCACAUCUCCCAAUCUGUCUCCGCCACCAAAGAUUUUACACUUCAAAUCGGGACUAGGAAAAUUUCUUGUUGAUUCUUGGCAAAAGAAAUCCGAAGCAAACACAUUAAGUAUACCACAAGAUUAUUUAUGUCGAAACAAUCGUUCAGAUCACGUUAGUCAACGAUCUCUAAUACAAAAAGCCGUUCCACUUACGAAUCUGAAUGAGAUCAACCCUUUACUAACAAAUAGUAUAGUCCUAUUACGCAGUAUUCAGUUAAGAUGUCCAAAUAAUAUACCAGUUACUAUUUAUAUGAAAGCGAAUCAAACGAAGAAUCUAGGAUUUCAGAUUAGAAAGGACAAACCGUAUGCUGGAAACGAAAAUAAUGGUAUCAUUAUGGACACAGGUGAAGAUAGCAAUUUAACAACGAUGAUACAGAUGACAAGAAAGGCAUUCGAGCAACUCUAUAAACCACAAAUCAUGUUAACUCUUAAUCCUGGUAAAUUAGAAAUGGUUGAUGAUUCCAAUCUAAUUCUAAAAAAUGAAAUUUUAUUUCAAUUUAAUGGUUCCAAUGAAGAUUAUUUACAAAGGAAUUCGAACGAUUCAAUAGUCAAUAAUACAGAUGACAUUUUGAAAUUAGAAACACAAGUUACUAUAACUAGACCAAAAUUCACGUUAUACCCAGUUGAUCUUUUAGACUUUGGUACAGUUCUUAUUGGACAAACAAAGAGAAUGGAAAUUAAAAUUCAAAAUUUAACACAAACGCCAACGUUUUGGUUAUUAAAACAUGGUGAAAAAAACAACAAUCAAUCAAAAAUCGAUAAUAAUGAAGACCGUAUAUUCAAUGCAAAUAAAAUUUCCGGCUUUUUGGAUUCAUUUUCUAAUAAUAACGAUGGUUAUUUUGAUUUGAUUACUGUAGAAUUUAAACCAAGAAGAUCAAUUCAAUGUGAAACUACAUGGACAUUUGAAGGGAUUCUAGGUGAAGAAGCGAAACUGAUCAAACUUACUGGUAUUGGGACAUUUGAUGAAUCUUACCACACACUUUACUAA